AGAGAUAAAGAGAGAGAGCGCUUUGAAAGUCUAAACUUAGCUAAAUUCAAUUGGGGUUGAGAAGAAAGGGAGGAAAACCCUAAAACGAAGCUCUUAUGCGAUCGCGAUGAGCUCUGAAACGGUAAUGGAACCUUCAAAGGGGAUGAAAAUGGAAGCUACGAGCGCUACUGCUAGAAUUCGGGAUUCGGCUUCACAGUUCAAAAGGUGGGGAAGAAAGUAUCCAUUUCUCAGAUAUGGGCUACCUAUGAUUUCACUCACCGUCAUUGGGGCAGUUGGUCUUGGCCAUCUCUUACAAGGCAGUAAAGAUGUGGCAAAGGUGAAAGACGAUCAAGAGUGGGAGAUCAUUGAGACCAGAAAAGCACUGUCAAGAACCGGACCCGUGGAAGCUUAUAAGCCCAAGAAGAUUUCACUGGAAGAGGAGCUUAAGACUAUGCAAGAGAAAGUUGACAUUAACAGCUAUGAGUAUAAGAAAAUUCCCCGGCCAAAUGAAGGCAAGUCAGGACACUAGUUCCAUUUUGGGAGUUCAUUUUGUAAUGGUAUAUUUAAAAAAAAAAAAAAUCAAAAUAAAGAAUGUAUAUCAGAAUUAGAUAUCAUCUUCUUUGCAGCAAACCUUCUCCUUCUUCCAUGAAGGUGCCAGCUUUCUUCAAUGAGAUAAUUUGUGGAUUUCAUACA